UUCACUCGUGAACACUUCGCAGAUCGCAGCAAAGCAAAGCUGAGUGAGCUCCGUCAAUGGCUCCCGUUGCACCCCGAUCAGGCGAUGCGAUUUUCGCGAACGUUGAACGCGUUAAUGCGGAACUGUUUACUUUGACGUAUGGGGCGAUUGUGCGUCAAUUGCUCACGGAUCUGGAAGAGGUUGAGGAGGUUAACAAGCAACUUGAUCAAAUGUACAAUUCUGAAUCUCUUUUCGGAAUUCAAUUUAUUUGGGGUUAUAAUAUUGGAAUCCGUUUGAUUGAUGAGUUUCUGGCUAAAUCUAAUGUCUCAAGGUGCGUUGAUUUCAGAGAGACUACUGAUGUAAUUGCAAAGGUUGGUUUUAAAAUGUUCCUUGGUGUUGCUGCAUCUGUGACCAAUUGGGAUGCUGAUGGGACAUGUUGUAGUAUUGUUUUGGAGGAUAAUCCUUUGGUAGACUUUGUUGAGCUUCCUGACACUUGUCAAGGUCUGUACUAUUGCAACAUCUUAAGUGGAGUCAUCAGAGGAGCCUUAGAUAUGGUGUCAAUGAAGACUGAGGUCACUUGGAUACGUGAUGUACUUCGAGGUGAUGAUGUGUUUGAGUUGCAGGUAAAACUUCUCAAGCAAGUACCAGAAGAGUAUCCAUACAAGGAUGAUGAGUGACAUUCUGUUUUGUAAUCUUGUAUACUCGAGGUUUUUGUUACUUCAUCUUUUCCCAAGUAUUAGACUAUCAUCUUUCUACCUUGUACUGUGUGUAUUUUGACGAAACUUUGGAUACGAUAGAAAAUCUUUGAUUAAAUCAUUAUGAUAUUAGCUUUGACAAAGGGCUGCAAUCUAUACUUAUUUCUGAAAGCC